AACCGGCCGUGAGAUCUCGGGGUCUGACGGGCACCAGGUCCUGGUGGGGGCGGGACGCGGGGAAACGUUUUAGCUGCAGCCCCUGGAAACGCGCCGCGGCCCGGCCUGGCUCUAGGGCCGGAGACUCCCUGUUCGGCGUCUGCUCCGAGCGGCCUGGCUCCCGCUGUUAGGCAGGGGCCGGGAACCCGCGGCCUAGGGGUCGGACAUGGCCCCACCCUGCCUGGAACUGGCCUCUGAAGCUCAGGGAACCCUCCAGUAUUGGGGAGCCUGCCCUGGCUUUCUGGACACCCCGUCCCCGCCACUGUCUGCACCACACACAAUCUACUUGGUUGGACCGCCCUGCUCUGUGGUGAAUGUGGAGAGUCGGGCCACAUCAGUGAGGUUUUUUGGGGUUUGUUCAGUUUUGCUUCUCACUUGAAUGACCCUGCCCACAUAAGGUCCCCCGCCCAAUUUUUUUUUUAUAGGGGAGGCAAAGUCUGUGCAGGGACCAAGCUGACUGAGUGGGUAGGGAGAUCCCACAACUGGCUGCAAGGCCAAGGGAGAAGCCAAAGGGUAAAAUUGGGGCAGGCAGCAGAGUUAAGAAUAGGAUCCGAAAAACCAGAAAAACAUCCCUGAGGGUGGGGAGCAUUUGCAGUGGUUGUAAAAAUACAGGAGGGGACAGCACCCCCUUCCCAGCUCUGAGUGGGUGGCUAGUGCCCGGAGAAGAUGCCCGUUUCCUACUUGAGAAGUGGACACUGCCUAAGGAGGCUCUUCUCCUGCCAGGCUGCAGAACACCCAUGUCUUCCCCCAGCUCAGCCCCUGGCCUGCAGAACCAGGGACAGGAAAUGGCUGUGGCGGAGCCAGUGAGGUUCGAGGAAGUGGCUGUGUAUUUCUCUGAGGAGGAAUGGGCUCUGCUGGACCCGGGCCAGAGAACCCUCUACUGGGAUGUGAUGCAGGAGAAUUAUGAGUCUGUGAGCUGGCUGGGAUUUCCAUUUUCUAACGCUCAUGUGAUCUCCAGAGUGGAGUUACAGGUCCCAGAUUCCCAGAGCUGUGAGGAAGGGGAAAUUAUCAGCAACACCCACAGAGGUGAUGGAAUGCUAACUGAGAACCACGAGAAGAGUCUUUAGCAGGAAGGACUGGAACAAGUGACUCCAUGUGGGAUGUUAUUGGGAAGACCUGAAGGGCAUGUUUCCCAGAUAUGUGAGCAAGGAGAGACCUGUCAGAGUCAGCAUAGCCCAGAAAGGCAGCAUGGAAACCAUCCAGGAGAGGGACAGGGUAAAUCCAAUCACAGGAGCAGAGAGGAGAAAAGAAAUAUAGAAACUGUUGAACAGAAAAUCCCCCAUCAACAGUCACCCUGCACUUGUAGUGACUGUGAAACUCUUGAACAUCAAAGAGCCCACACAGGAGAGAAACCCUUCAAGUGCUUUGACGCUGGGAAAAGCUUCAGUGAGCACUCACGCUUUACGAACCAUCAGAAAAUAUAUAUAAAAGAGAGACCCAUAACUGCUCUGACAGUGGGAAAAACUUCAGUAGAAGUGAUCACCUUGUUAGAUAUAGGAGGACCCACACAGGAGAGAAACCUUUCAAUUGCUCUGACUGCGGGAAAAACUACAGCUGCAGGUCUAACCUUGUUACCCAUAGGAGGACCCACACAGGGGAGAAACCUUUCAAUUGCUCUGACUGCGGGAAAAGCUACAGCUGCAAGUCAAACCUUGUUACCCAUAGGAGGACCCACACAGGGGAGAAACCUUUCAAUUGCUCUGACUGCGGGAAAAGCUACAGCUGCAAGUCAAACCUUGUUACCCAUAGGAGGACCCACACAGGGGAGAAACCUUUCAAUUGCUCUGACUGCGGGAAAAGCUACAGCUGCAAGU